GUCGUAGUGAUUUCCCCAUCUCUUUCCUGCAGAACAUUGUGGCCACCAACCCCACCCCCCACGAGAGAAAUCGUCGUCAUUCAAAGUCCACUUUUUCUUGAGAACAUUCUUGAAGAUAUGCCUAAAUUCGUUGAAGUCACUAAGUUGUGCUUCGAUUAUAGAUCAUCGUAAAUAGAUGACGCACAGUCACCACAAUAUUGUAAUUUAUCGCCGGUCAUGGUGGAUAGUAAUGACGAAAGAUAUUAGGUCAUCCUACCCACCACUGCGCUAUAUAAACUCGAGCAUGUUGCAUGGAGUCCUCAGACCACAGAUUCUCUUUCGCUGCACUUGACGAUCAGCCAUCACAACCAAUACAACUCGAACCACAAUGUCUUACAACGAAGGCGAUAAGGUUGAAUACCGCCCCAUUGGUGGUGGAAACGACAAUGUCUCUACCACUACUGGCACGAUAACCGAGGUCGAAGCUGCCGACGGCGGAUCGACACGAUACACCAUAAAGAAUGACAGUACUGGCAAAGAGACCAGUAACUACCAGGAGAAGAACAUUGUUGGAAAGGCCUAAAUUCUAGUCACAUCGCGUUGUCGUUAUCCCAGAAGUUAGAAUGUAGCCGUAUCACCGUCUUUUGUAUUUUUGACCGCAUACACUCCGUCGCAGCC